UAAAUAAACAAAUAGUUACGAAAAUGUGAUACUUUUUUUCUCUUGCCUCAUACGUGUCCUUGUAUUGUGUAUUCUAACUUGUGUUCGUACACGAUAUACGAGGUGGUGUUACAAAUUGGUGAAUAGAUGUCUAAGAAAAAUAUUCAUCGACACCUAUUUGUUUGUCUAUCUGUGUUUUAUUGCGCAAGUGAUUCCCUUCUGCGACAAAAAAUCUCAGUAUAUUUCAAGUUUAAUAAUUGACUCUUUUAAGAAGCUUGAUUUGAAUAAUGUUGAAAUACGAAAUUAUAUUCAACGUAUGACGAUACAGAAAUUGAUUUCUGUAAUGCAUAACCCUGUGCAAAAUUAUACACGAGAUAAAGAUACUUUUCGAUUCGAACACAUAUUGACUGCUCCAAUUGUCCCAUAUAUAAUGUCACAAUCUAUUUUCUUCUCGAAUUAGGUAACCGUUCUAAGAACUACUUAACUGCCUAUACUAAACCACAAUACAAACACAGACAUACGCAAAGACCCGGCCGAAAUAUAGUAUCGUACAUAUGUGUUUAGUUAAAUAAAUAUGCAUCAGCAUAAAGCGAGCGAUUGUCCAGUGACGCAAUUCGCGAGUGUGCUGACAACGAUCGUCCACACUGCAACGUUAUGACCUCACGCAGUAUCGCGAGGUUCGUCAAGAUAGCCGUUGCCAAUCUACCCAAGAAUUAAUUAAAAAUUACUCGCGAGCAAGUAUGCACUCGCGAUUAUAUGUAUCUGUGCUAUUCAUAUUUAUUUCGUCCGUAACACGCGCGUUCCAGAUAUUCAAUGGGGUCAACGUUUUACCGCCAGAAAUCUCGAAACAGCUGGACGACUACUGGCAAACCUAUAAGAUGCAGUUUAAUAAAACGUACACGAGAAAUCAAGAGAACGCGAGACGAAUGGCUUGGGAACAAAACCUCGUGGAGAUUUAUAAACACAACCUAAUGGCCGCCGCGGGACAUCACAGUUACACACUGCGGGAUAACCAUAUCACUGAUCUCAGUAGUUCGCAAUAUAUGCGCAAAAUGGUAAAACUAAUACCGAGCCGAAAGCGCCGAUUAUCGACCGACUCGAUGUUGUCGGCGAUCCUGCGGCACGACAUACCGGCUCGCCUGGAUUGGCGCGAACUCGGUUUCAACACCCCACCGGUGAACCAACGGGAGUGCGGUAGUUGCUACGCUUACUCUGUCGUGGAAAGUAUACAGGGACAGAUCUUUAAACAGACCGGCAUGCUGAUCCCCUUGAGCGCACAACAGUUGGUUGAUUGCAGCUCGGCGACCGGGAACCGCGGUUGCUCCGGCGGCUCCCUAAGGAAUACUUUGAGAUAUCUGGAAAGGUCGAAGGGUCUCAUGGCCAGGUCCCUGUACCCAUAUCAGGCCCAGGAGGGCCAGUGCAAAUUUCAUAGAGAUCUGAGCGUCGUCAAUAUAACAUCAUGGGCGAUUCUGCCGGCGCGGGACGAAGAGGCUCUGGAGGCGGCAGUGGCGAGCGUCGGUCCCAUAGCCGUGUCCAUAAACGCCAUGCCGAAGACGUUUCAGCUUUAUCAGCGUCUACGACGACCACCUGUGCAGCUCGGACGCGGUGAACCACGCAAUGCUGAUUGUCGGAUACACGCCGACCGAAUGGAUUCUGAAGAACUGGUGGGGCGAGAACUGGGGCGAGAACGGCUACAUGCGACUGGCGAAAAAUAAAAAUCGUUGCGGUGUCGCGAACUACGCGGCCUACGUGAAAGUUUGAAAUUCGUCAUUCUCCAGCUCGGUCAAGACGCCCCGCCAACCCUCUCGCGUAUCUCAAGCGAAUAUGUAUUUGAUUAUUUAUUUUUACACACGAUAACUACUGCGAUGAGUGUCGUAUGAUAAAUCAAUUAGUUUCACCAAAGAGACAAAUAAAUCUGUUGUUUUUUCUACGUGAAAAAAAAUAUUUGCCGUCAUUUUCGCGUCAGCUGUAGCUCUAGGAUCAAUGACAAAAAUAUAUGAACAAGUAGAAAGCGUUGGUUUCGACGAUUUACGCUUAUGUGCGGAUUUACGUGCGAUAUAGUCCUACAGCGGCGCUCUGCGCCGUUUUAGGGUUAAAGAUCGCACGUAUCCGAGCCAUUAAACUCCGGGCAAUUACUAAGGAUCGCCAAACAUUUAUUACAUAACAGCCACUAAACCGCAGGACGGACGCUCGAAUGCCAGAUACCAGACUUCCGUGACCACACGGGGAUCCCGGGAAAUUUAAUCGGACCGUACAACCGCGGCACGAUAGGAACGCCGAGACUUUGCCCGAUCGAAAAUUCUGUCCGAAGACGAAGUACACGACUAGUCGGGACAUAUCGCCAUGGCAUUUCCGCGAGAGAGCGAGAAAUACGGCAGCAGAGGACGAUCCAAUUUGUGCAACUGUAGGUA